GCUAACCUAGUUUUUUCUCUCUCAUGGAGAAUAUCAUCAGGAUUCUGGUGGCAGAAGAUGCUUAAGGCUUCAUCUAUCAUCUAACAUCAGUGAAAGCCAAUACACUUGGAGGGUGGUAUGUGUGAGGGAAUAAGGGUAGGUCUGUGGUCUCUAAGCUUUUCUGCCCUUAUAUGCCUUUCUUCACCCCCAAACCCCCAGCAGGGAGUAGAUGCUAUUGCUGGUCUCCUCUGGUGGGAACUCAUCAACCCCUGCAGAGAAAUAGUUCAUCCCAGCAGGUCUGCGGAUAAGAACUUGUACUUGAAAGCUCAUUACUAAUUAAUUAUAUUGUAGAAUACAGCCUCAUUCCCAUUACUCACUGAUGAGAAAAUUAAAGAUCUAUUGAUAUUGCCAUAAUUAAUUGAACCAAAAAGUGGAAAUAGCCAUACAAAAUAUGCCUGAAGUUUUAAGUUAACAAUUUGAAAUGACUCUUCCUUGAUCAGAUUGUUGUGCAAAGAUGGUGUUAGAGGAAAACUUCAAAUCUCAUUAGUUCAACUAACUUUAUUUGCUUACCUACUAUGGGCAGAGAACUGUAUAACAGAGGAGGAAAGGUAGAUGCAAAGCUUUGAUAAGACAUAGCUCCUUUCCUCUUGGAGUUCACAGACUAAUUACUUAGCUCAGUUAUUUGAGGCUCAGCUCUUAUAGCACUUCCUCCAGGAAACCUUUCCUGAAUUCCCCUUCAUGUUCAUUCUUUCUUCAAAUAUUCAUGUAUUUAUUUAUCUCUUUACAUGUUGCAUUUCCCAAAUACUGUAUUUUUGAAGGAAGAUACUUUACCUAUUUUGUUUUAUUUAUCAAGUUCAUAGUCUUAGAAUAGUGCCUUAUAUAUAUUAGGAACUUAAUAAAUGCUUAUUGGGUUGUAUUAAUGGGGGAUGGGGACAAGGUAUGAAUGCAGAUGUCUUUAUUAUGGACAUUGAUAUCACUUGACGUACUUUGGACAUGACUAGGUACUUUGUUAAGUCACAGGUUAAAGGAAAUUACUGAUGGGCAGGUGAGGUGUUGGUCAGAGAUUGAUAGAUCUAGAGCUAGAUGGGAGGGACCUGAGAGGACCAUCACCAGGUUCUGACUCUAGACCCUCAGAACCACUGAAUCUUCCACUGAUAACUCCAGACACCGAGCCCUCACCAACUGCCCUUCAACUGCUUCCUGAGGACCCUUGAGCCUUUCCAUGUACCCCCUAGCAACAUCUUCCUACACCUUGUGACCUGAUGACCCAGGGCAUCCUGGCUUUAGUUACGUCUACAGGCUGCGCAUCUGCCAACGCCUUGCAGUCGCUCACAGAUGCCAUGCACAUCCCACACCUCUUCGUCCAACGUAACCCUGGGGGCUCCCCCAGGACAGCGUGCCACCUGAACCCCAGCCCAGAAGGGGAGGAGUAUACAUUGGCCUCACGUCCACCUGUUCGCCUCAAUGAUGUCAUGCUUAAGCUGGUCACGGAGCUACGGUGGCAGAAAUUCAUUGUGUUCUAUGACAGCGAUUAUGAUAUCCGUGGGUUGCAGAGCUUUCUGGACCAGGCUUCCCGGUUGGGGCUCGAUGUGUCCUUACAAAAGGUGGACAGAAAUAUAAGCCGGGUGUUCACCAGCCUCUUUACCACCAUGAAGACCGAGGAACUAAAUCGCUACCGGGAUACACUACGUCGGGCAAUCCUGCUGCUUAGUCCUCAUGGAGCCCAGACAUUCAUCAAUGAGGCAGUGGAAACCAACUUGGCUUCUAAGGACAGUCACUGGGUGUUUGUUAAUGAGGAAAUUAGUGACCCAGAAAUAUUGGAGCUUGUGCACAGUGCAUUAGGAAGAAUGACUGUGGUUCGACAGAUCUUCCCAUCUGCAAAGGAUAACCAGAAGUGCACAAGAAACAACCACCGUAUCUCUUCAUUGCUUUGUGAUCCACAGGAAGGCUAUCUCCAAAUGUUGCAGGUGUCUAACCUCUACCUGUAUGACAGUGUGUUGAUGCUGGCAAAUGCCUUCCAUAGAAAGCUGGAAGAUAGGAAGUGGCACAGCAUGGCAAGUCUGAAUUGUAUGCGGAAGUCCACUAAGCCUUGGAAUGGGGGUCGAUCCAUGCUGGACACCAUCAAGAAGGGCCAUAUCACUGGUCUCACAGGAGUGAUGGAGUUUCGGGAAGACAGCUCCAAUCCCUAUGUCCAGUUUGAAAUUCUUGGGACUACUUACAGCGAAACCUUUGGUAAAGACAUGCGUAAGCUGGCGACUUGGGACUCUGAGAAAGGUCUGAAUGGCAGCCUGCAAGAGAGACACACAGGCAGCCACCUCCAUGGACUGACACUCAAAGUGGUGACUGUCUUGGAAGAACCUUUUGUGAUGGUGGCAGAGAAUAUACUUGGGCAGCCCAAGCGCUACAAAGGCUUCUCCAUUGAUGUUCUGGAUGCAUUGGCCAAGACCCUAGGAUUCAAGUAUGAAAUUUAUCAAGCUCCCGAUGGCAAAUAUGGCCACCAGCUCCAUAACACUUCCUGGAAUGGGAUGAUUGGGGAACUCAUCAAUAAGAGAGCAGACAUGGCAAUAUCUGCGAUCACCAUCACCCCAGAGCGGGAGAGUGUUGUAGACUUCAGCAAACGGUACAUGGAUUACUCAGUGGGGAUUCUCAUCAAGAAGCCAGAAGAGAAAAUCAACAUUUUCUCUCUCUUUGCUCCUUUUGACUUUGCUGUUUGGGCCUGCAUCGCAGCAGCCAUCCCCGUGGUUGGUGUGUUGAUAUUUGUACUGAACCGAAUACAGGCUGUCAGGUUACAGAACUCUUCACAGUCCAGUCCAUCAGCCUCUUCUACCCUUCACAGUGCCAUAUGGAUUGUCUAUGGAGCCUUUGUACAGCAAGGUGGAGAAUCACCCACAAAUUCCAUGGCAAUGCGCAUUGUAAUGGGGAGCUGGUGGCUUUUCACUCUGAUUGUCUGUUCAUCUUACACAGCAAACCUUGCUGCCUUCCUCACAGUGUCACGGAUGGAUAACCCAAUAAGAACAUUUCAGGACCUGUCCAAACAAAUGGAUAUAUCUUAUGGCACAGUCAGAGACUCAGCUGUAUAUGAAUACUUUAGAGCCAAAGGCACCAAUCCCUUGGAACAGGACAGCACAUUUGCUGAACUUUGGAAGACCAUCAGCAAGAACAAUGGAGCUGAUAACUGUGUUUCAAAUCCUUCUGAAGGCAUCAGGAAGGCAAAGAAAGGAAAUUAUGCCUUUUUGUGGGAUGUGGCAGUGGUGGAAUAUGCAGCGCUAACAGAUGAUGAUUGCUCAGUGACCGUCAUUGGCAACAGUAUCAGCAGUAAGGGCUAUGGCAUAGCACUUCAGCAUGGCAGCCCCUACAGGGACAUCUUUUCCCAGAGGAUCUUGGAGUUACAAGAUACUGGUGAUUUGGAUGUCCUCAAACAGAAAUGGUGGCCACGCAUGGGCCGCUGUGACCUGAAUAGCCACACAAGUGCUCAAACAGAUGGCAAGUCUCUGAAACUACACAGUUUUGCUGGCGUAUUCUGCAUCCUUGCUGUGGGCCUUCUCCUUGCAUGCCUGGUGGCAGCCCUGGAGCUAUGGUGGAACAGCAACCGCUGCCAUCAAGAAACACCGAAAGAGGACAAAGAAGUUAAUUUGGAGCAAGUCCAUAGACGUAUGAACAGCUUAAUCGAUGAAGAUAUAGCUCACAAGCAGAUUUCUCCGGCAUCCAUCGAGAUCUCGGCCCUGGAGAUCGGCGGGAUGCCGCCUAGUCAGACCUUGGAGCCUGUCCGCGAGUACCAGAACACUCAGCUCUCCGUCACCACGUUCUUGCCUGAACAGAGCAGUCAUGCGGCUGGUCGGACUCUAUCAUCAGGAGCAGGCAGUAAUCUGCCACUGCCUCUCAGCAGCUCAGCAACCAUGCCCUCAAUACAGUGCAAACACAGAUCUCCCAAUGGGGGAUUGUUUCGUCAGAGCCCCGUGAAGACCCCCAUCCCCAUGUCAUUCCAGUCUGUGCCUGGGGGCGUCAUUCCAGAGGCUAUGGAAACUUCCCAUGGAACAUCCAUAUGAUUGACACCCACCCACCCUUCUGCCCACCCACCCAACCAGCAGAGCUUUUUAAUACAACUAAAAACAAACAAACAGAAAAAAAACACAAAAGACUUACAUUUUUCUUGUACAUACCUGUAAAUAAUGAGAGAAUGAAGUGGGGUAAAAGUGUAUUUUGAAUAUUCCCAAUUUUCGAAGUCAGUAAAAAAAGAAAAAAGAAAAAAAUACAAAAAACAAGAAGUGUAUGAAUGAAUUUGUAAAUUUUGUUCUAUAUGAAUAAAAAGGCAAACCACUUGUGAUCAUU